CAAGAAGAGCAGCAGAAGUGUGAAGAGCGGGCCCCACAGUGUCCGAGCAGCGACGGGGCAGUGCUAUGUACAUCCACCCAAAGCUGAAAUCAACAGGGAAAAUCUUUGGGGCUUUAGAAGAUUUGGAUGUGAAAGAGGGGGCCAAGACCAAGUUCUACCUGAAUCUGUUGAAUCUGUGUGAGUCUUGUGGGGAAAAGCUUCUGGUUUUCAGUCAGUACGUACCUCCUGCCAUUGAAGUUCUCGGAGAGGUUGACAGGGAAGAUCAAAGGGUACAGUCUUGGGAAGGAGAUGUUCGUGAUCAUCACGGGGGACUCCGAGUCCACGGCCCAGGACUCGGCCGUGGACGCGUUCAACUCGUCCCCGCACGCCUGGGUUUUCUUCGGGUCGAUCCGGGCGUGCGGGGAGGGGAUUUCGCUCGUCGGGGCGUCACGGGUCGUGGUGCUGGACGUGCACCUCAACCCGUCGGUCACCCGACAGGCGGUGGGCCGGGCGUUCCGGCCCGGCCAGACUAGGAGGGUGUGCGUUUACUGGCUCGUGGCGGCAGGGUCGCCUGAGGAGGACGACCACCGCAUUGUUGGACACGAUUUUAUUAUGUGGCCUGAGUUAUCAUUUAUCUAAUUAAUUGAUCAUUGACUUAAUAAAUUCCCUACAAUUUA